CAAGGCUGUUGUACUAAGAGUUUUAGCUAUGAUGGCGCUGGCGGCGCUUCCAGAGUUCGCCUGCUGCCAGCUAGCAGGACCCAAGGCGCUCUCGAUUGUCCUCUGUGGGGCCGAGGGUCGAUUCCCCGACCCCACGGACUGCGGCUACUACAUGGACUGCACGAGCAACGCCGACGGCAGCUACACGCAGACCAUCACUCCGUGUCCUGCCGGAACCUACUACAACUCGUGCCAGGGCAACUGCAGCCUCACUCAGCAACCACCCAACUGUUCCUUUCCCUGUAGUAUUAAUGGUGCUAUAACUAUUUCGCCUGAAAAUCCGUCUGUGUAUUUCGUGUGUAUUAUUAAUGCUACAGGGUCGUACUUCAAUGUUAGUAAAUGUGACAAUUGCAAUAUUUCAGUCAGCUGCCCAGUUAAUAAUUCAACAGCUGGGGGCUCCAGCUGUAACGGUACUUAUUAUUAUGGAGAUGAAAAAAACUGUUCCGUUUUCUAUCACUGCAGUGGCGUAGGUGCGACACCAGAUCUGGGAGAAUGCGGUCCUGAUCAGUACUACUUGUCAUAUAACCACAGCUGUGUCGGGUUUUAUUGCACAUCAGAGGGCUGGUUCGCUGACCCAGCCAAUUGUUCCCGAUACUAUUACUGCUCCAGAGAUGGGUCGGGUUAUGUCCAGACGCAUGUUCUGUGUCCGGAUGGUAGUCACUUUGACAGCUCGGUUGGAGGAUGCGUGAUGGGAUUGUGCACAACAGUCUGCCCCGGAAGCAGCAGCUCAGAUUUCAGGUGCCCCUCCAGCGGCUUCUUCGCGGAUCCGUUGAGCUGUAGCUCAUACUAUUACUGUGACAGCGACCUAGAAGCAACGCACAUCGACUGUCCAGACGGAAGCCACUUUGAUAGUGUUGUCGGUGGCUGCAUGAUGGGUAGCUGUUCCAAAAGGAUGGUCUGAAUGUUCCUGGUCGUUGAAUUGGGACCUCUGAGCUCUAUUUCCAACCGUUCACUGCAACGUCAGGAAGCAUAGAUUUUACUCUGGAAUUUUGAUGACGACAUAUUGCACGUGGUAACUCUGUAGCUACCCAGCUUUAGGCGACUGAAGGCACGCCAAUUCUAGUGGCUUGAUAUGAUUUCGUUGUAUAUACACGAUACAAUUUAUGUGAUAACUAUUUAUCACAUUGGAGGAUGCAAACCACAUUUUAACCUGUUCCUACAUCCUAGUUUUCUCUUCAUGCCUCCUAUACCUUCCGUCACAGGUACCUGAUCUUCUUUAAACUACGAAUACAUGGAAGUAGGGGUACUUCCUGGCAGAAAAAGCUGUACGCUGGACCAGGGAUCGAACCUGGAACCUUGCCUACUGCAGACAGUCCUCUUAUCGAAUGAGUUAUGUAGGUACGACUCACGACUCACAUUUACAUUGCCUUUUCUGCCAGUACAACUUCCUUAAAUAUCAAUAUUGCUUCUCCUUUUCUUUGUUAAGCAAAAAUAUGUUUUCAUUUUCCAUUUGUUCCAGCUCCAUAAUUCGAUUAGCAGGACAUAGUUUACUUCACAGGGUACAAUCUUAUGGCCUUAGCCUAUAAAUCUAAAUCAUAACGUAACAUGUGUAACAAAAAUUAUGUAAUUUGUUUACCUUAGUAAUA